UAAUUAUAGAACAGUGCCUGCAACAAGUUUUCUUCAACAGCGUAAACGUUUCACCGCGCGUGCAGUAUAACUUUCUCAACAGUAGUUCGAUCAAAAGAAACGAGCGUUUCGUUUUUUCGUCGGGUUUCGGCACAAAAACCGAGCUUCAGCCUUGAAUUGGUCGCGUCUGCAGUCGACCUUUCAACACUUCAACUACGUCGGGCCGCACGCGCCUCCGUCAACAAUGCGAAGGCGCGCUGAAAAUUUCCCGCUGGCCUAGCAGGGAAAAUUGUAGCCUGACCUUCAUCCUCAUGUUCUCGACCGAAAGCUUUCAUCCAGCCCACAAUACGUAGGCUUGAUCGAACCAUCAGAGAAGAUUGAAGAUGAUGGAUCCGCCUCGACAUGCCUGUCGAGGUCGGCCAAUGGUGUGUCCAGGACCGUGCAAUCCACUAAAAGCUCAUCAUCACCAUCAUCACCGUCAUCAUCAUCAUCGUCAGAAACUCGACAUGACGAAAAUUGUCACUCCAGGAAAAGACAUACUCUUGCCGGAUGAGUUUUCUCAAAUAACGCUGCUAAAAUCUUUAAAGACAGAAGAUUCUGUUACAUCUGUGACUUCGAAAGACGAUUUAUCAAUCUCCACAACCUCAUCCUCCACCAAAAUCGCUGUGAUCAGAAUCCCGAAAACUUCUCAAUCCAGAAAAACCCACAUCCCUGCGGGAUACAUAUCACAAAUCUUGUCGCCGGACAAACUGGAGAUGCUCGGACAACCGUCGAAACCGAGAACAGAGAAGAUGAGCGAGUUGAUUCCUUUAAGAAAAAUUGAAUCGCCGAUCCCAGAAGCGAGAACGACAAUCCAACCGAAGGAAACAGCUGCGAGGACAACACCGUAUCAGGCACCAAGGAAUUAUUUGAAUAACGUAAUAUGCCCGAUUAUGAUGAGACUGUACAGAUUAACGCUGAAGAUAAUGUCGCCUCUUUGUCUGUGUCUGACGAUCCUGAUGAUCUACGUAGGAAUUCACGUAUUAUUGGCUGUAAUCGCGCGAACAUCUGCGUACCAGUUUUUCAUGUCCAGUCAGAUCUGCGGGGUCCUCGCGUUUCUUAUGUGGCAACUGACCGGCACGAUACUAAUCUGAGCCACGCGAAUAGAUAAUGCGCCGAGAUAAACUCGCUGCCAGACAAACACCGAAAUUGAUUGACGUGUCUUAUACUAAUUUAUCACAAUUACAUAUACAUACGUAAAACGG